UCAGUAAGAUUUACAAAUUUACAAUUGUCAGUUAUCUACCAAAACCAACCGCUUCAGCUAAGCCCUCUCUCUCUCUAUCUCUUGAAUUCUUUAUCAAGAAGCCAUUUCAGAAAAGCAGUGAAGAGGAAGAAGAAUCCCAAAAUCUGGGAUUUUUAGAUAAUUUAGGAGAGAUUGCUUUUGUUGUGGGGUUUCCCUGAGAGAGAGAGAGAGAGAGAUUGCAAGAAUUGGUGAGAAAUGCAGACAGUAACAACAGUGGUGAAUUGCAGCAGCUUCAGUCCCAAUCUCUGUCUCAAAAUCAAGAAUUUCAAGCCUCAGUCUUUUUCCACUUCUUCCAAGAUUUUGAAUUGUGAAAUUCCCCACUCUCCUUCACCUCCACACUUGUUGGGGCUUUGCAGGGCAAGUCAAGUGGCUGAGUUGUUCCCGACAAUGUCUCCUGAGAUUGUUGUCCGGGAGGCCAGGAUAGAGGACUGUUGGGAAGUGGCGGAGACGCACUGCAGUUGCUUCUUUCCCGAGUACUCGUUCCCUCUGGACUUUGUGCUGCGAUUCGACAGGCUCGUUGGCAUGCUGUUUGGGUUCUCGGUGCCUAAGGGCUGCGAGAGAACCUGCCUGGUGGCCGUGAUUGGUUCUGGUGAGGACGAGUUCUAUAUAGGGAGCGAUGAUUUCAAAAUCGGAGGUCUUGAGGGGAAGAUUAGUCUGAACAAAGGGUACGUUGCUGGUAUACUUACUGUAGAUACUGUAGCCGAUUUUUUACCAAGAAAGGGACCUCUUCGACUGAGGAGGAGAGGAGUUGCAUACAUAUCGAACGUUGCUGUGAGGGAGAAGUUUCGCAGAAAGGGGAUUGCAAAGCGGCUAAUAGCCAAAGCUGAGGCAAAGGCCAAGACGUGGGGAUGUCGUGCCAUUGCUUUGCAUUGUGAUCUCAGCAACCCGGAGGCCACGAGGCUCUACACUAGCCAGGGCUUCAAGAUCAUAAAGAUCCCGGACGGGGCCAACUGGCCCCACCCGAGGCUUUCGGGCGACGUGAAGUUCAACUUCAUGAUGAAGCUCCUCUAACUCCAAACUAAACUCUCCUGAGUAAUAUUUAGGUAAGAAGGUUUUUUUUUAAAUAUACUUGAUUUUUAUUGUUAAAAAAUUGCCAAAAAAUGAAUUACAUGGACUGGGGAUAAGAUGUAUAUAUUGUAUACAAUUUUGGUGGUGGAAUGUAGUGAUUAAAAUAUAAAUUCGACUAAA